AUGAUGGUCCCGGUCCCUCCGGUGGCUAGUACCAGUAGUGGGACAACUGUAGGUGUUGAUCCUGAGGACAGUCGGCAGCAUCCAUUGCACGAGAACAGUGAAGACACUGUUGCAGUUAAUCCUGCAUCAAAUCUAGCUGCAGGCAUUGCAUAUGACCACCAAACUGGGCGUCCUAUGACCAAGCACAGCCUACCACCAGGAUCUGUUACUCCUGGUGCUUAUUCAGGAGCACCAGGUGCCAACUAUGAGGCCGUGGAACCAGUGAGAUUGGAUGUGCUGGGACCAUCUUCUCAGCCAAUGCAAGAGACACCACCAGGACAAAUAGAAGAGGCAGAAGUCAAUACUACUGAGACUUUGGAGGAGAAGAAAAGAAAUCCCGUGGUGAUGGGGGCAGCAAUUGCAGUACUGGUGGUAGUUGUCAUUCUGGCAAUUGCUAUUCCACUGGCUGUUGGAGGGGAAAAUGGAGAAUCCCAAAAAAAGGAGAACAACCAAGAAACCAGUAUCGAUAAGGUGCUACUUCCCAAUGCACCUGAUUCCACCUGGGAAUCCAUUGCUACGGAUCAAGAAUCACCACAAUUCAAAGCCUACACCUGGCUGACUCUUGAUCCCAACCUAGCAACCUAUGAAAACUGGCAAAAGGAACAGAGAUUUGCUCUGGCCACCUUCUUCUAUGCCUUCAAUGGUAUGAAGUGGAGGUCCCUGGAUCCGCAAGCAAAAAAUGAGUGGCUUAGCUACGAAACCAACGAAUGUGGGUGGGGUGUCUUCCACAGAGGCCCGUCAGUCAAUAGUGUGUAUUGUUCGCCUGGUGACCGUGCGACAGAAAUCAAAGUGAGGGAACAAAGAGGUUUGAACGGAUCGGUUCCAUUGGAGCUAUCAUUACUUGGAAGCUUGCAAAAAUUGGACUUGUCUGAUAACCUUAUGGACAGGAACCUGACUGAUCUGCUUCCAAAAAUCCGUGAGUCAAAGCCUUUCCAGUCCCUGGAACUAGCUUUUGGUUGCAUUAACUGCCGGCUUGUGGGAAGCCUGCCUCCAGAGCUAUUUGACUGGACCAAUCUCCAAGUAUUGGACCUGUCCAACAACCAGUUAUCAGGCCAUCUCCCUUUGGAAAUUGGUUGGAUGACAGCUUUAGUGGAGUUCAUCAUCUCUCAAACCCAAUUAUCCGGUACGGUCCCAUCGGAGAUUGGCUUACUGACAUCCAUGACCUCCUUGGGGCUUUAUGAAAACCAACUAUCUGGCAGCCUUCCUACUGAAAUUGGCAUGCUGUCCAGUGUGAAGUUCUUGUAUCUCGAUGAAAACCAACUAUCUGGCAGCAUUCUUACGGAAAUUGGCAUGCUGUCCAAUGUGGAGAUCUUGGCUCUUGAUGAAAACCAACUAUCUGGCAGCCUCCCAUCGGACAUUGGUUUGCUGACAAGCAUGACUUCAAUGGAUCUCAAUGAAAACCAACUAUCUGGCAGCCUCCCAUCGGAAAUUGGUUUGCUGACACGCAUGACUUCAAUGGAUCUCAAUGAAAACCAACUAUCUGGCAGUCUCCCAUCGGAAAUUGGUUUGCUAACAAGCAUGACUUCCUUGGUCCUCGCAAGUAACCAACUAUCCAGUGGCCUCCCAACUGAAAUUGGGUUGAUGACGAAAUUAUCCUUCUUGAGUUUGUCCCGCAACAACCUGUCAGGUACAAUUCCAUCCGAGCUGGGAUUGCUGACAAAGCUGACAGGUUUGUAUUUGUAUGACAACCAAUUCUCUGGCAGUGUCCCGAGCAGUUCCUGUUCCAACUUGGGUUUAGUAGAAAUUAUUGUUGACUGUGACACGGAGAAAUUUCCUGUGGAGUGUUCAUGUAUUAGUUCUAAAUGUCUUUGUCUGUAG